CGGUUUAUGACUUCCGCUAGUCUUGCUAAGAGCCAGCCUCUUGAUUUUUGGGUCGGUUAGCUGCGUUAGCUUUUGUUUGCUAUGUGUGAGCUACUCUCUGCGGCAACAAUGUCUUUAUCCCAGUCUCUGAGAGACUUUAUCAGGGAGCGACUAACCGCAGCAGCUGAAGAAAUAUUCACAGAGUUUGAUAAAACCAUCGUCCAGUACGAGGAAGAGCUGGAUCGUCAGCGGAGACUGCUGGAAAUCUGCUGGAACCCCGAAAUAAACCGAAAGAGAAUAGACUCUCCGCAGCAUUAUGUCUGGAGCGGGGAAGAGUUUCUCAAUAACCAGCAGUUCUGCAACCAGGAGAAGAGCUCCAAUUUACACCAGAAGGAACCCGAUCCUCUGCAAAUGAAAGGGAAUCAGGGUGAAUUUGAAACUCAGGAGCUGAACGGGGAACAGGAGAGGACAAAACCACAGAUGAAAGAAGCAAAUCACGAAGAAACAGAACAUUCACAGGUAAAGGUAGAGCAGGAGGAACUGUGUGUCAGUUUAGAGAAAGAGGCUGAGGCAGGAGACUUGAGGCAGGAGACUGAUAUCUUUGCCGAAAGCCUUACUUAUGAAGAAAGAGACAAUGUGGAACAGGAACCAAGCCGGGACCCAAUUCUCAUCCAUACCUCUUCAGAAUCUGAGAACCAGAACCAAGAAGAUAGUAUUCAUGAGGACCCAGAGUCAAGUAGAGAUGAGGAGCUGAGACAAAGUAAGAGGGGUUGGGGAAUCAGAAGACACGGUGAACACCAAGACAAUCCACGGGCAAAAAGAAAGAAGAAAACAAACAAUGAGAAACUGCCUCGUAACGUUUGUGGCAAAGUUUCGUCUCCGGGUUAUUUCACUGAUCAUAUGAGAAUUCACACAGGUGAGGAGCCUUUUUGCUGUAUGACCUGUGACAAAAGGUUCCCCAAUAGAAAAACUUUAGCACAGCAUAUUACAACUCACACAACUGAGAAGUCGUUCUCGUGUAUUAUCUGUGGAAGAAGUUUUCAUCGAAUAAGUAAUUUGACUGUUCACAUGAGAAUCCACACCGGUGAAAAACCUUUCUCAUGCAUGAUCUGUAAAACAAGUUUCAAUCGCCGCUGCACUUUGACUGUUCAUAUGAGAACUCACACAGGCGAAAAGCCCUUCUCAUGCAAGAUUUGUGAAAAAAGGUUUACCAGACGAUUCUUGCUGAAUAAGCACAUUAAAUUGCACUCGGACGAGUCCUUUCUCAUGUACAACUAAAGUGAAGAAAACAAAAAUAAUAAUGAUAGCAUCUAGGCUAGCACUGUCAUGUUGACUUACAGUAACAUACUCCAUGCAGUGUAAAAAAAAAAA